UUCCUUGACCCUUUGACAAAUGCAGAUUUUUCUAUGGAAGCGUCCACGAAUCAUUGUCCUUGCCGUUAUUGCUGCUGGGAUUUUCAUGACAUUCCAGUUCUUUUCUCUGGAAGCCUUGUUUUAUGCUCAAAAAAGAGCAGCGGUGAGGUCUUACAGUUACAUCAAUGAGAAUGAAAGAAAGGAAAACCUGGUAAAGGAAUUCAACAAUGAAGAGGUAGUGACAGUUAAUGUAAAAGAACCAAAUGAAAUUAAUCAUCUAAUAAAAACUCCAAGAGGAGUCCAUAAAGAUGACAUGCAUUUAUAUACAGUAGUUCAGCAGGAUGAAAGGGAGAUGUUCAGGUGUGUGAAGUCCAGGAGAUUGAUUCCUUAUUCCUGGAUAAAUGAUGAUUACUGUGACUGUGAGGAUUCAAGUGAUGAGCCUGGAACAUCAGCUUGUCCAAAUGGUAGAUUCUACUGUACUCUUCAGCUGCCAGAUCAGAAGGCAGCCAGUCUUCCCUCCAGUGGCGUGAAUGAUGGAAUAUGUGACUGUUGUGAUGGUAGUGAUGAAUGGGCAGCAAGGGCACCACCAAAAUCAAUGAGACAUAAAGGUAAAAACAUAGUCCUACAAGCACCUUGCCAAAACCACUGUGAUACCAUUGCAAAAAUCAGCAAGGAAAACGAACAGAUCAGAAAAAUGGGGCAGAGAUUAAAAAGAACCUAUCUUAUAGCUGCUCAAUCAUUAAGCAAUAAAGAAGUGUAUGGACCAGAGGGAGUGUUUUACAAACUGAGUCAGAAAUGUUUUUCACACAAAGCUCAUCCAUACGAAUACAAAAUUUGUCCAUUCCAAAGUGUUACACAGGAACAGUUUCCAACACAACAGUGGUCUCUCGGCAGGAAGGCUGUCUGGAAACAGAGAUCACACGGACAGUUCCUGCUGGAGAUGUCUGGCGGGGAUGGUGUAAAUUGUCCUGGAAGAGGCAGGCAGUCAUUGAUUUUAUUUCUUUGUGGCAUCAGUGAUCGUGUUGUUGAAUUAAGAGAAGACCAGCGUUGUGAAUAUCUUAUUAAAUUUGCAACUCCAGCAGCAUGUUAAUCAAUGUUUAUUAGUUAUUAUAAUAUUUUUUUAUAGUACAUGACUGUAUACAUUGUACAUGAUGUAUACUCCUCAUAUUGUAAUGCAAAGUUGAACUCACAUAAAGUAUAACUUCAGUCUUGGUUGAAAAAAAAAUGUAGCCUAAGGACAUUUAAUGGAGAAGUUAAAUAUAAAUUAACUUAAAAUAAGAUACCUGGUAUUCAUUUAUUUUGUAGGGUUGUCCCUUAGAAUUGAAAUAGCAGGGGACAAUAAAAAUUUAGAAGGGGUUCUGGGGUUCUUCCCCAAACAGACAGCUAACUAAAGGGGGAAUACCAGAAUAACCAGGAAAUAACGUCAUUAUAGACGGGCAAAUUCACAGCCCCAAGGUAUUGUAUUUUAUCCAGACUGGUCAAAAAGUCAAUACCGGAAAAUAUUCUAGGAAAAUGUGUAUGAUCAUCUUAAUUGCUAAAUUAAAACAUACUAUCCCUUAUAUAGAUAAGUAAUGGCCUUAACCUUUAUACUGUGAUUAUAAUAUUUCUAUUGAAUGUGAAUAAUUUCUUCAUGAUUCAUCAUUUGGGAGCUUCAGAAAUAUAUUCUUAUAAAUAUAAACCUCAGAGUUGAGGUGUGUUAUUCAGGUAUAAGCUACAUUUACACUCUAAUAGAGUAUCAGAUUCCAUUGUAAAAACAGAAGCAGAGAACACAAAAUGAAGAUAAAUCACCAAUACUUAGGUAAACUGUUUAAAACAUAUAUUUUCUUCCAUGGGAUCAGAAAAUCUGCAAAAUCACAAUUUUGGUUUAUUCCAAAACAAAACGGUAGUAUGUAUUGUAAUCCUUAUUUAGAUCAAUAUACGCUGUGACAUAUUCCUUAGAAAAUUUGAUGUUAACUUAGGCCAAAAAAAAUAAUAGUCUUGUUUCCUGCUACCCGACCUACCCUAUUUUUUUGCACCCGACCCUAAAUUUUUUUUUAAGUUUUGGGAGAAAAAAAAUCGGGAAUUUGCGGAAUUUCAUCGUUCUGUCACCGUAAUCGGUUUCCGUGUUAACACAAAACAAGCAUUUCAUGAAAUUCUUGUUUUAAAUAUGGACUUUCAUAAAAUACCACUUGAGUUGUGCAUAAAAAGACAUGAAAUUCAACUUUAAAAGACAUUAUUAUACCUCUAUAAGAAUACUCAAAUUUGAUUGGCUUGUUAGAAGGCUUUUAAACUCAAUAAUGACUCCAAAAAGUACCUUUUACAGCAAUAAUGACCUAGGAAUCAUUGCACGUGGGGUAUAAUGACCGGUCAAUAAAAUUAAUGACCGCUUAAAAUGACCUGUUACUCCAAAUUCCAUUCAAAUUAAAAAAAAAUAUGCAUACAGUAAUGAUUUUACAUUACAAAAAUUGCCGUUAUAAAAAUAUGUAUAGUAUUUUUAGGAUACGGAACACGAUUGGCCUUUAGAUGCGUCAUAACAUUUAUCGUUUUCAUUGAAAUUAUCUUUCGUUACAAUACAAUGUCAAAUUCAACGAACGCAGACUCGGCUCUCUUGUACACUUAAAGUCUACACCAGAUUGUCAUUGUAGUCGGGAAUGGUAUCUGUGAAUUUAUAAAAAUGCAAUGUUACUGACAAUCACAGAGUGUUUUAAUAAAUCGGCGGUGCAAAAACUUACAAGACUAGCAGCCGAAAAGUGAACAACUUCACUAGCGAAUCCCGAUCCCGAUGGAACACUGAUAACAGUUCAUAGGUCUUAUACAUGUAAUUGAUUAUUUUAGUAAUUAAGCUUACAAAAAUUGCCUUAACUUAUAUCGGUAUAAUAAAACAAUUGAUUACCCCUUAUGAGGUCAAUAUGGUAAAAUAAGGACCCUCGACCUGGCCCACUCGCUGACCUGACCUGACCUCGGCCGCUACGCGGCCUCGGUCAGGUCAGGUCACCUCGUGGGCCAGGUCUCGGGUCCUUAUUUUACCAUGUUGACCGCAUAAGGGGUAAUUAAUUGUAUAAUAUUGACCUGUGACAUGUUUAAUUUUUAUCUUGUAUUAGUUCAUAUCCAAAAACUGCUGUCGGAAAAAAAUAAAAUAAAAAUAUAAAAUAAAAUAAUUUUCCUACCUACCUACCCUAUUUUUUUCAGGCUGGUAGCAGGAAACAAGACUAUUAUUUUUUUUGGCCUUACCAUUAAUUAAUCCCAUUGGACAAAAGUAUGUUUGUAGUACAUGUAUAUAAUUUUUGUAUUUGAAAAAAGAGGUAAUAUAUUUUGAUAUUAAUAUAUACAAGUACAACAGUGCAAAAUGUGAAUUUGAAAUUAAAGAACACACAGCCAAA